UUGAGACCGAAACGCGCCUUGUGUCACGAGAUGACACCGCUAUUGGAAUGCUCAAAGGGCACACCUCCGAGGUCUUUGUCUGUGCGUGGAACCCUUCAAGCAAGAACAUCCUAGGCACGGGAUCAAAAGACACAGUAGUAAAUAUUUGGCGCCUUCACGAGCCUUCUUUCAACGACCCAGCACCUACUUCCGACCCACCGCUAACAUUUACUCACCGGGUUGACGCGGACCAGGGCGACCUGACGUCUUUGGACUGGAGCCCAGAUGGCAAGCUGUUGGCAGCGGGCUCCUACGACACGUACCUCAGAAUAUGUGACUCUUCCGGUCAACUCUACUUUGCGGAGAGCAUGCAGAAGGGGCCAGUAUUUGCAACGAAGUUUUCACCGUCCGGUCAAUAUGUUCUUACUGCAAGUAUCGACGGGUCCGUAUGUGCAUGGGAUGUUCCAAAGAAGACCCUAUACAAACAAUAUCGACAUCACGAGCGUUGUUGUCUUGACAUUGAAUGGUUGUCUAACGACAUCUUCGUCAGCUGUGGUGUAGAUUCUAAAAUCCAUGUUGUGAGGCUUGAUACCGACAGCCCUAUCGAGACCCUGAGCGGUCACUCGGACGAAGUCAACCAAAUAAAAUGCAAUUCACGUCGGACAUUGCUCGCGUCUUGCUCGGACGAUGGUACUGUGCGUAUAUGGGAAGUUGGGGAUGUCAAGCUCGGCCGAGCUUCUAACAAUGAAGCCGUCACCCUUGCCGGGCACUCUUCCACUGUCAACAGCAUUACGUGGUGCCCGUGGGACCAAACAUCAGACUAUGACCUUCUUGCCACGUCAUCGCUUGACGGGACCUCCAGGCUAUGGAAUUCAAGUACGGGUGAAUGCUUAAGGGUGUUCAGUGACCACGCAGCGUCCAUAUACACCAUCGCCUUCAGUCCUGACUCGCGGCUGUUCGCAACCGCCGGCGCAGAUGGCUAUCUACGCGUGUACGACGUCAAGUCACGCGAGGUCAAGUGGUCAUGGCGCGCCACUACAGAGCGGACAGCUAUCUUUGAGAUUGAUUGGCAGCAAUCCGAGAACCUCAGCCGUAUAGCACUAGGUCUCGAGACAGGACUAGUCGGCGUCGUGGACGUUUCCCAGAUCCCUGCUCUGAGGACGCAGUAAUUAGGACCUGCUGACUUCCUACAUUGUAUUAAUCGUACUGUAUUUCUUGUGCUGCACUAUGAUCUGUCCCGGCACCUCCAGGCGACGUUAUCACAUAUGUCACACUUC